UCGCCCCGAGCUGAGGCGGCGUUUUCCGAGCUCGCUGCGGUUUAGGUUCCCUUCCUGUGCGACCGCGAGAGGCUGUGCAGCCCCGGCGCCCGGGGGCAAUGGUGCGGCGGAGCGCGCGGACGAGGGCGGCCCUGAGGCGGGCAUGAAGGAGGAUGGAAGGGCAGGACGAGGUGUCGGCGCGGGAGCAGCACUUCCACAGCCAAGUGCGAGAGUCCACGAUAUGUUUUCUUCUUUUUGCCGUUCUCUACAUUGUUUCCUACUUCAUCAUUACAAGAUACAAGAGGAAAUCAGAUGAACAAGAAGAUGAGGAUGCUGUAGUCAACAGGAUAUCGUUGUUCCUGAGCACCUUCACUCUAGCGGUUUCAGCUGGUGCUGUUUUGCUUUUACCGUUCUCAAUCAUCAGCAAUGAGAUCCUGCUUGCCUUUCCGCAGAACUACUAUAUUCAGUGGCUAAAUGGCUCCUUGAUCCACGGUUUGUGGAAUCUCGCUUCUUUGUUUUCCAACCUUUGUUUAUUUGUGUUGAUGCCCUUUGCCUUUUUUUUUCUGGAAUCAGAAGGUUUUGCUGGCCUGAAAAAGGGAAUUCGAGCUCGUGUGUUGGAAACUCUGGUCAUGCUGCUGCUUCUGGCAUUGCUGAUCCUUGGGAUGGUGUGGGUGGCCUCCGCCCUGAUUGACAGUGAUGCUGCCAGUAUGGAGUCUUUAUAUGAUCUCUGGGAGUUCUACUUGCCCUAUUUAUAUUCCUGCAUCUCACUGAUGGGAUGUUUGCUGCUUCUCUUGUGUACCCCAGUUGGCCUUUCUCGUAUGUUCACAGUGGUGGGCCAGUUGCUGGUGAAGCCAGCGAUUCUUGAAGACCUGGAUGAACAAAUUUAUAUGAUUACCUUAGAAGAAGAAGCACUCCAGAGAAGACUCCACGGGCUGUCUUCAUCAGUGGAAUACAACAUAAUGGAAUUGGAGCAAGAACUUGAGAAUGUAAAGACCCUUAAGACAAAAUUAGAGAGGCGAAAAAAGGCUUCAGCAUGGGAGAGAAAUUUGGUGUAUCCUGCUGUUAUGGUUCUACUUCUUAUUGAAACAUCCAUUUCCGUCCUCUUGGUGGCGUGCAAUAUUCUUUGCCUACUGGUGGAUGAGACUGCAAUGCCAAAGGGAACAAGGGGGCCUGGGAUAGGAAGCGCCUCUCUCUCCACUUUUGGCUUUGUGGGAGCUGCACUUGAAAUCAUUCUGAUUUUCUAUCUCAUGGUGUCUUCUGUUGUUGGUUUCUAUAGCCUCAGAUUUUUUGGAAACUUUACACCCAAGAAGGAUGACACAACUAUGACAAAGAUCAUUGGGAACUGUGUGUCAAUCUUAGUCUUGAGUUCCGCUUUGCCUGUGAUGUCAAGAACGCUGGGAAUUACUAGAUUCGAUCUACUUGGAGACUUUGGAAGAUUUAAUUGGCUGGGAAAUUUCUAUAUUGUAUUAUCUUACAAUUUACUCUUUGCCAUUGUGACAACGUUGUGUUUGGUCAGAAAAUUCACAUCAGCUGUACGAGAAGAACUUUUCAAGGCCCUAGGACUUCAUAAACUUCACUUGUCAGAUACCUCAAGGGAUUCAGAAACUACAAAGCCUUCUGCCAACGGGCAUCAGAAAGUACUGUGAGACCUGGCUGCCUUGGUAGCAUUCUGCAGCAAGUCCUAAUGACUCCUGACUCACGACAUUCCCCCCC